AGUGAUUAACAUUUUUGUCUAAGAAAACGACUUUUAUAAUGAUAAAAAAAAAACUUUUAUCAAGUGAAAACUCAAUCUUAUGUAAAAGUUUUUCAUGAAAUCAAAGUUAAUAAACAUCGUCGCUUAAAAAUCCGUCAAAGCUGAACGUCCCCUCAGGCACCUUGGUUCUGCCACCUUCAACUAUUGCCGGUGUCACCCCUCUGCCUCUGACGACGUCGCUUCCGUCUUAGCCUCUUACCCUAUUAUUGCCAGAUCAACUAGUUCUUCCUAAUGGGAUGUAGGUCAUUCUCCUACAAUAGUCUCUUUCCAUCUCUUAUAAGGGUUGCAAAGUCACAUUGGCUACCACUCUCUCAAAGGUCAAAAGUGGUUUAUGAUUCAGGCUCAAGCGUACUACAAAAUUGUUGCAACAGUGGUUCCCUGGUGAAUUUUCAAGCUUUGAGAUCAUAUGCACGUGAUGCACGCAAAGGCUAUAAUCUCUUUGGCCGUGGAAGACCAGGGGAUGAAGAGUUCAAGAAAACCUGGGCAAACGAAAUGGAUGAAGAUAACACUCUAUGGACUGGAAGUGAGGAUGAUAACGAUGAAGACAUGGGUCCAAAGACGGAUCUUGAUAAGGAGAUAAGGAAAGCAAGACUGGAAGCUAAAAAGCAUGCAGACUUGAUUGAUGCUGAUGACAGCGAUGAGUUAAGAAGUGUCUGGUCUGGCAGUGACGAGGAGAAGACACUGUGGACUGGUGAUGAAAUGGAUAGUGAUGAUGAUAUUCCUACAGAAGCUUACCCAAGUGAAAGUAGUGACAAGUACAUAGAUAAAUUGUUUGAGUUUGAUGAAAUGCCGAAAUACAGAACCAUCUCUGAGAUGUUGAAAGCUGAACAAGAACCCGAGGAGUUGACUCCAGGAAAGCAAGCUAGGAAGAUAGCUGUUGAGAAUGCUUUGAAGAAAUUAAAGAAGGGUCCAGAUGGGAGGUAUAGCAAUGUGUGGGAGGUUAUGAGUGACUUAGAUAUUCUAAUUGGGGCAUUUGAAAAUGUUGUUUCAGGACCAGAAUAUGCAGAACUUAGACAAGGAGGGCCUAAACAUCUAAAUAUUCAGUUUUUUAAGGACAUACAAGCACGUAUGAGAGAUCCAAAUUACAAGUUCUCACCUGAGUUAAAAUUGAAACCAAAGAGUAAACUGGUUUCUAGAAAGAAAUGGCAAAAAGCAGAGUCCAGAAGAAGGAAAGCACGAAAGAGAUAAAGAUAUAAAUUGAAGCUGAAAUUAGGCUUAUAAUGUUUUGUAUCAUUAUACAGUACAAUGAGUACAUGCUACUUAAUCAUCGAUAAUCAUAAUUAUAAAUUGAUAGGUCAGUAUUUUUUUGUUUCAAAUGUUAUGCCAAAAUGUUGGGCUUAUGGUUACCUUAAAUGACACUUUCCUUUUAGAACAUUAAUUCAUUAAUAUUUGCAUUUUCUUGUUGGGCAUUAAAAACAA